AUGAUAUUUGGAAACCAGACCCUGCCAACGGACCGCAGCACGCACCCUAAGCCGCCCCCCGUGGCCAGGGGAAUCGACUUGGUUCCGGCCCCAACCACGCCCCCAUCACCGAUUUCGCUGACUGCCCCAAACAAUGCAACGGGAUUCUGCCCGCCGAUGAAACAGGCGGAGAGCAGCCACGGGUCACAGGGCGGUGGCAGCGCACACGGCGGUACGGGAUCUGGACCGUUGGCCCUUUCACCUUCCAUGACCGUCUCCAACAGCACCCGGGGUGUCGAGAGCCUGCAACCGCGGCGGAAAGCACUCAAUGAGGCGAUGAUCGCGGGGAAGAACUAUGGCGGGGUGUACCGCUACGUGGGCCUCGGAGUUUGGUUGUUCAUCUCGACCUUUAUGGUCCUCGACCGCUUCUACUGGAAUGUUUGGCCCAGGCAGACGAUAUGCACCGACGGGUGCGGGGGCGACUUUUUCUGCGAGAUGGACGACGACCCAGGCUGCCUCAAGGAUGGCCCCUGGUCUGCGAAAACGUUCGACGUAAUAGCUCGCAUAAGCGCAAGAUUCAUCAUCUCCACCACCAACUUGAUGUUCAUCACAAUGUGCCACGGCACCUGGAACUACCUUUCGGAAGUACAAGUGCUCCGGCCAUUCCUGUACGCGUGGCGCACCGACAACUUUUGGCUGCACUCCAUCGGAGGCUGGACCAUGGGCAUCUGGACGAUGCUCCACGUGUAUUCUUUGCUCCUGCCUUCAAUUUUUCACGGUUUCAAGAAUGUGGCUGUCGGUGGCCCGGUAGAGCUUCCCCUCCAGGUGAGCCUUGCUGUGAGCAACGUCGACCUGGACAACAAACUCGCCAACUGGGGCUACGAUGACAUCUGGCGUAUCAUCUGGAUGACUCUCAUCUUUUGUGUCCUGACACCGCUGUCGCGCUCGGCCUGGGCGCUCAAGAAGAACUUCACUCUCGCCAUGUGGCUUCACAUUGGCGUGGGGGUAGGAUACUUCUUCGACAAUUGGCGACGCAGGACACAUCCGCACGUCUGGAUUCUAAACACUCCCGUCUUUCUGUGGUACAUCGCGGACAAGGUCUGGUGCUGCACAAGGGGCAGAGUGGACGACCGUGCUGAAACUACGCGCAUCUCUUUGGACGAGGACUACAUGCUACUGCUGUGGCAUGAGGAGCACCCUAAGCGCAUCUGCGACAUAUUCUGGCUGAAGCACAGAGACAGCGAUGGCACAGAGAUGGCGCACCCAUUCACCACGUGCUCGUCCCAUGACACGCCCAACAAGCAAGCUACCGCCUCCGGCACUGCGGCGGUGAAGACCACGAUCGAGGUCCCGACAGACACCAGCGUCCACUGGAAAGGCCACCGGUUCUUGCUCGCCAGCAGCAGCGGUCGGCGGUCCAACGCGACGGACCCCAAUCGCCGUUCGGUGCGAUCCUUCUUCAGCGGCAAGAGCUUCGGGGCGCAAGGCUCGUUUGGCAGGGUGUCAUCGUUCCGCUUCGGGCAAUCCAACCCCAUGCGUGAGGCCCGGCUGGCAUCAUCCCACACGGGUAGCAGCCAGGACGUUGACGUGGACUCUUUCUUCGAAGAGGACGAGAAGGAUGAGCCCGGGGAGACCACGAUGAUUGGGGUGGACGCAAACCCAGACAUUGAUGAGGUCUCCAUCAUGGUGGGAGGGCUGAAGCCGAAGGGUUCCCGCUCGUACAGCCUCCCACGUCUCGGGACGAUUAGCGGAGGAGUGCCAGAGGUCAGCACUACGAACGACGGAAGUGGUGUCAAAUCUGCAAGGCCUGACAAGCCUGUCAAAAAGGAGACCGGUUCCGACGUCGGGGGACCAAACAGAAGGGAGGUGAUCAGGAGACUCAGCACGAAAAAUUUCAUAGAGUACCGCAAGGCCGAGGCCGAGGAAGGGCGGCUGGAAACAGUCGAGGCAGGGUCUUGGAGCAAGAUGGCCAUCGUGAAAGUAAACCGGAGGACGUCCAAAGCCAGCAAGUGCAGCUGCAUGGGGCUCACAUUCAUCUUGAGCAUCUUCCGCGAUCCCGAGACUUCGAGCAUUGCCGACCUGGAGGCCGCCCAGCGGAACGCUCCGCUCCAGCUUCGCACGUACGGCCCCUACCGUUCAGAGUACGGCCGCCUGGCGGAGUUCCCACACCUGCCCCCCCUGCUGAUCGUUGCUACAGGUGCGGGUGCGGCUCUCGUGCUCGACUUCAUUGGGUAUGUUCGGGCCAACAACAUCGUGCCUCUGCGGCCGGUGUCGGUGUGCUAUUCUUCUGCUAGCCUGGCGCUGCUGCAAUUCGUCACCAACACCCUUCUCGCCGAGCGGUCCCCCGGGAUUCACAUCCAGACCGCCCUGACACGUCACGAAGAUCUUGAGAUUGUUGAUUCGGCCAACGGUCCCGAGCCCGAGCUGGUCAUGGGUCGCCUUGACAUCAAGAAAAUCAUCGGCGAAGUUUCCCAAGAAACGGAGGUUUACUUCUGCGGUGGUGGGGGCAUCAACGCACUUCUUCGCGAGACGUGCACUAGGCGUGGCAUCAAGUACGUCGGCAGCUCCGUCCAGUGA